AGAGAGAGAGAAAUGGAGGUUUUGACUAGAGAGAGAGAGUAGAGAGUAGUAGGAGUGUUGUGUGUGUAUUCCGUUAACAACAGCGGCGAUUUCUGAGGCGCUGUGUCGUGUAUUCUGUUUCGUCGGUUUGGUUGAGGGCCGAUUCACUCGCCCUUUGUUUCGCCCAAACUCCCAUAUCUUAUCGCCGAUUAAUACCCGAUGAGUAUUGUGUAAGGACAUUGAACAUUAUUCACUCUUUUCAUGCACAGCUCUCUCCCCCUCUGAUGCGCUCUGGGAUCGCUGAAGAUUUUGGGUUUGCAGUGAUAGCAGUAAAUGCUACUAUUCAAUUCCACUCCUAGAAGCUUAUAUAGGCCUUAAUCCCAGUGUUUAUAGCACUGCACAGCAUUUACGUCCGUAUACGUAUGCAUAUAUACACGUUUAUGACCUUCUGGUGUAGAAUUUGAUUUGAUGGAGCUGUAGAGAGGACUCUCGCUCAGAGCUCUUCUUAAUUGCUUCCUGUUGUUUUCGUCGAGGUUUAAUAUACAUGUGCAGUUCUUCACGUUUCACAGUGUUUACUAAGGAAGAGUGAAGGGAGGUUUUAGCAGCGGAGGAAUUGAAGAUUAGGAAAAUUACAUCUCGAGAGGGAGGUUUGGAGGAGGAAAUGGAGUCGUGCGAGGAGAAGAAUUGUUUGGACUCGCAGCUAUGGCACGCUUGCGCCGGCGGGAUGGUGCAAAUGCCUCCGGUGAACUCGAAGGUUUUCUAUUUCCCGCAAGGCCACGCUGAGCACACUCUCACCAAUAAUGUCGAUUUCUCCAUGCUGCCUAAGAUUCCAGCUCUGAUUCUCUGCCGAGUCGGCGCCGUGAAGUAUUUGGCCGACCUCGAGAGCGAUGAGGUUUAUGCUAAGAUUCGGCUGGUUCCGAUUGGGAACAAUGAGCCUGACUUUGAGGAUGCGGUUUUAGGGAGCAGUGCAUCGGAAACCGCCGAAAAGCCCACUUCGUUUGCUAAGACGUUGACUCAAUCAGAUGCCAACAAUGGUGGCGGUUUCUCUGUUCCCAGGUACUGUGCGGAGACGAUCUUCCCGCGAUUGGAUUACACGGCCGAUCCUCCUGUCCAGACCGUGAUUGCUAAGGAUGUUCAUGGUGAAACGUGGAAGUUUAGGCACAUCUAUAGGGGGACGCCAAGGAGGCAUUUGUUAACAACAGGGUGGAGCACUUUUGUGAACCAGAAGAAGCUAGUUGCUGGGGAUUCGAUUGUGUUCCUCAGAGCAGACAAUGGAGAUCUCUGUGUUGGAAUCCGAAGGGCAAAAAGGUGUGGCAGCAUUGGCCUCGACGCUCCAUCCGGAUGGAACACCGGUGCCGGAACCUAUGGUGGAUUUUCAGCUUAUUUGAGGGAAGAUGAGAACAGAAUCAAGAGAAGUGGUAUUAAUGGAAACCCAAAUUCUUCUGGUGGGGGUUUUAGGGAAAGGGGAAAAGUGAAGCCGAAAUCUGUUAUUGAAGCUGCAUAUCUCGCUGCCAGUGGGCAGCCGUUUGAAGUUGUUUAUUAUCCACGGGCAAACACACCGGAAUUUUGUGUUAGGGCAUCAUCUGUGAAUGCCGCAAUGGGUCUCCAGUGGUGCUCGGGGUUGAGGUUCAAGAUGGCAUUUGAAACUGAAGAUUCUUCUAGAAUAAGCUGGUUCAUGGGAACAAUAUCCUCUGUUCAGGUUGCUGACCCCAUCCACUGGCCUAAUUCACCAUGGCGGCUUCUUCAGGUGACAUGGGAUGAACCUGAUUUGCUGCAAAAUGUGAAGCAUGUGAGCCCGUGGCUAGUUGAGUUGGUCUCAAACAUGCCCAUGAUUCAUCUAUCACCUUUCUCACCACCAAGAAAAAAGUUGUGUUUACCACAAGAUUUGUUGAUUGACGGUCAAUUUCGAAUACCGUCAUUUUCAAGCAACCCCCUUGGGGCCAGCAGUCAUUUCUGUUGUCUAUCUGACAACAUUUCUGCAGGCAUGCAGGGAGCCAGGCAUGCUCAAUUUGGAGGACAGUUAUUGGAUCUCCACCUUAGAAAUAAAAUGCAGUUGGGACAAUUACCACCAAGUUUCCGGCAGAUUGAUUCUGAAUCUAAAGUUUCUGAUGGGAUGAUUAAGAGUCAAAAGGAGGGCAAUGAAAACACCUCUUGUUUGCUAACCAUUGGGAACUCUGCUCAGAGGUCAGAGAAAACUGAUACCGUGAUGACACCUCGAUUCUUGCUCUUUGGUCAGCCAAUACUCACUGAGCAGCAAAUGUCACAUGGCUGCUCUAUUGAUGCAGUUUCACAAACUUCAACAAGAAAAAUUUCCAGAAGUGAGAUGCAAUUACAACCAGAGAGAUCCCAUAUUGACCGGAAAGACCUUCAGGAAAAUCUAUCAAGUCCUACAUUUUUCCUGAAUCAAGCUUGUCAUGUAGCUGAACUUGGCCAACAUACUGGUCAUUGCAAAGUUAUCAUAGAGUCAGAAGAUGUUGCUCAUACUCUUGAUCUCUCAGUUUUGGGGUCAUAUGAAGAGCUAUACAAAAAACUUGCUGACAUGUUUGGAAUAGAAAGAUCAGAGAUGCUACGCCGCAUAAUCUACUGUGAUGCAACAGGUGCCCUCAGACAAAUCGGAGAUGAACCAUUCAGUGAGUUCAAAAGGAAUGCAAAAAGAUUGACAAUUUCAAAGAAUGCCGGCAGCAGUGCUGGGAGGACAUGGGUCACUGGUUUCCCAACUGGCGAACGAGGGCUAAAUUCCUCAAACCAGGCGGGCGCUCUCAGCAUAUUUGCAUAGGCUUACCAGCACCAUAUGGUUGAUUCAGAGAAUUGAAUUGUGUAUUGACGAGCUUCUCGAAAGAUCUUCCGUUAUGUAUUGCCAAAUAACUACUCAAUUGCAAGUUUCUCUGUGACGGUUAGUCUCUCCCCAUUGUGUCUAGUUUGGAUAGAGUUGACGUUCAGUUGUUAGCCGCUCAUAGCUACCUGGUAGCAAUAUAAUAUGAACAAAUGUGGUGUGAUGUUAGUAUUGACGACUGAUGUGUAGCAGCAAGGCUAGGUAUUGAUGAUAGCUAGCAGAACGUGAAUUCUCUUUUAGGUUUCCAAUUUAAUAUGUUCAGACAAAGUAUUUGGUUUCAAAUUAUGUUCGUUGCUCUACCUUGCA